AACUCUGACCAUAGACACUAGAAAUUUCACUCUUCUACUUCUUUAUUAGUAGUUCACAGAUAGCAUAUGAAGACGAGCUCUCUCUCUGUGUCUUUCUUGCAUUUCUAUUAUCCUUAGAUUUGAAAUCUCAUACGUCAAUCUUCUUGCAACUCUGUUUCCACUGUAUUUUUAGAGAUCCAGACUGUAGUGAAAUAUACACGUAAAACAGGUGAUUCUUGGUUGUUUUGCCAAAUUUCCUUCCAAAAAUGAUUUUUAAAUCUCAAAAAAAAUAUUCCCACCUCAAAUUAUAGCUUCUGCUACUAAAACUUGAUCUGCGUUCUUGAGUAUUGCUCUGAGCUCUCUGUUUUGGGAGGUUUUCAAGUGUUGCUCUGUUUCUUCGGCCUUGUUUGUUGCUCUGUUCCCUCUGUUUUGAACUUAAACCAGACGGAAAAUGGCUCCGAGCUCAGUUGUUGUAACAAUGGAGAAGGCAAACAGCUUCUCUAUAGUAGAAAUUAAUGCUUCAGAUCAAUCUUUGUUUCCUGAUAAACAAAAGGCAGCGAGUCCAAAGCAAUUUUCAUGGGUUCUUCUUCUAAAAGCCUAUAAAGCUCUAUCUUGCAUCUCCUGGUUAGCGAUGGCUUUCAAAUCUAGACUUAUUUCAAUCAAGAAACGCAUUGCUUUAUCUGAAAUUAACGAAGAAGAGCCAAGAAGUAGAGGAAAGUUGUAUCGAUUUAUCAAAGCUUUUCUUUUUAUAUCAAUAGUAGCUUUGGUGAUAGAAAUUAUUGCACAUUUCAAGAAAUGGAACUUGAAUCUUAUUUCACCAUGGGAUAUUCAAGAAGGUCUGGUUCAAUGGUCUUAUGUAGCUUGGUUAUCAUUUAGAGUUGAUUAUAUUGCUCCUUGGGUUAUAAUGCUUUCCAAAUUUUGUACUGUACUAUUCUUGAUUCAAUCUCUAGACCGAUUAGUACUCUGUCUUGGAUGUUUUUGGAUUAAGUACAAGAAAUUGAAGCCAGAGAUUAAUGGUGAAGCUUAUGACAUUGAAGAUCCUUCGAGUUUUCCAAUGGUUCUUGUUCAGAUUCCGAUGUGCAACGAAAGAGAGGUGUAUGCACAAUCCAUAGCAGCGGCUUGUCAGCUUGAUUGGCCAAGAGACAGAUUGUUAAUUCAAGUUCUGGAUGAUUCAGACGAUGGAAAUGUGCAACUUCUGAUUAAAGAUGAAGUUUCUUCAUGGAGACAGAAAGGGAUCAAUAUAAUCUAUAGACAUAGAUUAAUAAGAACUGGAUAUAAAGCUGGAAAUCUUAAAUCAGCUAUGGGUUGUGAUUACGUCAAAGACUAUGAAUUCGUUGCAAUUUUCGAUGCAGAUUUCCAACCUAAUCCAGAUUUCCUCAAGCAAACUAUUCCUCACUUUAAGGGAAAUCCUGACUUGGGACUAGUUCAGGCUCGAUGGUCAUUUGUGAACAAAGAUGAGAACUUACUUACAAGGCUUCAAAAUGUGAACUUGUGCUUCCAUUUUGAGGUGGAACAACAAGUAAAUGGUUAUUUUCUUAAUUUCUUUGGGUUCAAUGGAACAGCUGGUGUUUGGAGAAUUAAAGCAUUAGAGGAUUCAGGAGGUUGGCUUGAGAGAACAACAGUAGAGGAUAUGGAUAUUGCAGUAAGAGCACACUUAAAUGGAUGGAAAUUUAUUUUCCUCAAUGAUGUUAAAGUUCUUUGUGAAUUACCAGAAUCUUAUGAAGCUUACAAGAAACAACAACAUCGUUGGCAUUCCGGUCCGAUGCAACUCUUUCGCUUAUGCCUUCCUGCUAUAAUCACUUCCAAGAUUUCGAUAUGGAAGAAGACAAACUUGAUAUUUCUUUUCUUUCUUUUGAGGAAACUUAUACUUCCAUUUUACUCCUUCACAUUAUUUUGUAUUAUACUCCCAUUGACCAUGUUUAUUCCAGAAGCAGAAUUACCUCUUUGGGUAAUUUGUUAUGUACCCAUUUUUAUGUCCUUUUUGAACAUCCUUCCUGCACCAAAAUCCUUCCCUUUCUUGGUCCCAUACUUGUUAUUCGAAAACACAAUGUCUGUCACAAAAUUUAACGCCAUGGUGUCAGGUUUAUUUCAGCUUGGAAGCGCAUACGAAUGGGUUGUGACAAAAAAAACUGGAAGAUCAUCAGAGUCUGACUUAUUAGCUUUAGCUGAGAGAGAAUCAAAAUCUGCAAGCACAGAGAAAAUGCAAAGAAGAUAUUCAGAGUCUGGUUUGGAGUUACUAAAUAAACUCGAUCAAGAACAAGAAAGUCCUCGUGUUAAAAAGCGAAAUAGGGUUUAUAGGAAAGAACUUGCUCUUGCUUUCCUUCUGCUAACUGCAGCAGCAAGAAGCCUUCUAUCUGCCCAUGGAGUUCAUUUCUACUUCUUGUUGUUUCAAGGAUUGUCUUUUCUAGUUGUUGGCUUGGACUUGAUUGGUGAGCAAGUAAGCUGAGGAGGAAGCAGAUAUAUUAAUUAAGUUAAAAGGUUUUUUUGUGUUUAUAAAGAGUCCUGUUGUUUUCUGCAGACAAACAUUGCUGCUUAAUUAAUUACAUCACAGAUAGAAGAAAAGAAAGAGUUGGAUAUAAUUAAUUAAUGGUUCUUGAAUUACAGAUUCAGUAGGCGACGGAUCGGAUAAUUAAAAAGAUUGAAUUACUGAAGUUGAGUUUGUACAAUAUUAUUCAUGUAUGUUAUAUCAAUGUAUGAAUUAAUAGAAUAAUAAGGAGCAAAUAUAAGAAAAGAUUAUAUUUUUCUUUUAAA